AUGGCCUCCAUACAGGCAACUAAACGACGGAGGGAACCCGACGGGGCGAAUGGCGCAGCACCGGUAGAAUCGGGUCGAGCUGGACACAGUCAUGAGGCUAGGGAUAGACUAUUGAACCCUCUGUCUCCUCUGCCUAGCCCUCAUUUUAAUGCGGCAUUGCAGCAAUGCGUAUAUCCUCACAUCCUCUCGUACAACACGUUUGCGGAUUGUUACGUGGAGGAAAUGGUUAAGGAGCUGCCAUUUAUCUAUAUCGAUCCGAACUACGACCCUGACCGCCAUGAAGCCAACCCAUAUUACAAACCACCUGACUACCUCAAGUUGGGGAUUGCAGAGGCCGUUUUAGGCUUUCCGCAGAAACUGGGUGUGGGGGGCUUGCAGGCAAAAUCAGACGCCGGUAGUAGGCUGCUUCCCCGUCACUGCAGAGACUCGCACAUCUCCUACGGUGCUCCGCUCCAUGUCAGCUUCGUUUGCUACCGCACUGGAGAUGAAAGCAAUGCUGCCAUCAAGAAAACAAUGGUGGUUGGCCAGGUGCCGGUCAUGGUGAAAAGCAACCGAUGCACUUUGUCAGGGAUGAGCCCUACUGAGAUGGUGAACGCUGGAGAAGACUUGGAUGAAUUUGGUGGCUAUUUCAUAAUAAACGGCAAUGAGCGCGUGCUGCGCUUCGUCAUUCAGCAGAAGACCAACUAUCCCAUUGCUCUCAAGAGAGAGAGCUUUAGGAAUCGGGAGAUAUUUGCCACGGAUCUUGCAGUUCUCCUGAGAAGUCAGAGAAUUGAUGGGACAUGCACGUCCAACAUAUUGCUCGACACCGAGGAUGGAAGAUGCUGUUAUCGCAUUCUACUCAAUCGUCAAGAGCACUUCUGUCCGUUCCCCUUGCUGCUGCGUUGCGUUGGCGGAGGGCUUUCACUUCAGCAGUUUAAACUCAAAUUUAUGGAGGGGACUUGGGGCGAUCUAGAGGAGUCCACUCAACUGCACGCGAUUUUUGAAGAAGUUUGGGGGAGCGAAAAGGAUUUUGUUGAUACCGACCUCAGAGAACACAGGCCCUUGCACCAGCUCGGCCAAGUGUUCUGGAGGGGUGUGUCUUGGUUGCUACCGCCUGGGAGCACAUUCGAAGAUGCAGGCAGGUUCAUAAUCGAUCGUUACGUUCUUGUCCAUGUAAAAGAAUGGGCUAGCAAAUUCGAAACUCUCCUAUUAAUGUUUCGGAAGCUUCGUCAGCUGCGGAGGGGGAAGAUACCGCCCGAGAGCAUGGAUGCUUUCUCGUACCAGGAAGUGAUUCUUCCAGGGCAAAUCCUCGCAGCAGUACUAAAAGAUGCUCUUUUUAAUGCUCUAAUCAAACUUCGGACACAGUACAUGGUGGAACUACGCCAAGUUAAGGCAGCAGGCCACGAUCCUACUCUGGUUAUAGCGUCCAAUAAAUUUUUUGACGCGGCGACCGACCGCUGUGCGUCCGAGAUCGGCCACAAGAUUAGCUAUUUCAUGGCCACGGGCAACAUUCGGACGACCCAGCUGGAUCUUCAACAGCUUUCAGGGUGGACUGUGACGGCAGAUCGUCUGAAUCUGAAUCGUUUCCUUAGCCAUUUCAGAGCAGUGCACCGAGGCCAGUUCUUUGCACAGAUGAAGACGACUGCUGUCCGCAAGCUUCUAGGGGAAAGUUGGGGUUUUUUGUGCCCCGUUCAUACUCCCGAUGGUGCCCCAUGUGGUCUCCUACUGCAUCUAUCCCAGAUGGCCCAGCCAGUAGCGGUGCCACCUGACAGGGGGGCAAUAGCGGCAGUUCGAUUGUUUAUGAAAGCCCGCGGGGCAUGUGUAGACCUUGACGGCGUCUCGGGAUUGCCUCCUUCUGAUCUUGGCGCUGCUUGUGGAGGGCAGGCUGCCAGUCAUGGCGAAGGCGGAAACGUCAAGUGCGUGCCGCUUGUGGUGGAUGGAGUAGUCGUGUGCAAAAUACGAAAGCCAGAGUUCAGCUUUUGGAUGGAACAGUUGCGUCACGCAAAGGGAUGUGGCUUGGAUGGAUUCAAGACUCACUGGGAGCUAGUUGGAUUUGAUGAGGAUAGGCAAGCAUAG